AUGGAUGCAGCGUAUGAGACGGUAAAACCCCCUAAAGGUCAUUUCUUCCUCGCAGGGCGAGUAUUCCCUCGCGUGAAAUGGUGGAAACGGCGCAAUAUGCGAGUCUUGUACUUCUACAUUUUGAUUCUAAUUGCGACCAACACGGCCAAUGGAUUUGACAAUUCCAUGAUGAAUGGAUUACAGGCUUUGUCCUACUGGCAGGACUAUUUUGACCACCCCAAAGGUCCAACACUGGGGUUGUUCAACUGCGUUAUGAGUGUGGGUGCGCUGGCCGGUCUAGUGAUUUUGCCUUAUAUGCUUGAUCAUCUGGGCCGCAGGCUUUGCUUGGUUUUUGGUUCUUUCUUUAUGUUGCUUGGGGUGGCUCUGCAGUCAGGCUCUACCAAUUUCUCCAUGUUUGUCGGCGCGCGAUUUAUUCUGGGAUUUGGAGACAUCAUCGUCAUUUGCACUGCGCCGCUGCUCAUUACAGAAAUUGCACCAGCUCAAGACAGGGCAAUUCUGGUCACUAUAUCUGGCGCUACCUACCACUCGGGGGCUUUCAUUGCGGCAUGGACGACAUACGGAACGCUGAAAAUCAAAAGUGAUUGGUCUUGGAGAGCACCAAGCUUAAUUCAAGGAAUAUUCACAUUGGCUAUGCUGGCAGUUGUGUGGUGGAUCCCGGAGAGUCCGCGCUAUUAUGUCUCCAAAGAUCAACCAGAGAAAGCCCUGAAAUUGCUGGCUUACUAUCAUGCCGAGGGAGUUGAGAGUGAUGAGGUUGUUCAGCUGGAGUUCACCGAAAUCACUACUGCGAUUGCAAUGGAGAAGAACGCAGAGCAUUCGAGCUCUUAUAUCGACUUUUUGCGAACUCCUGGUAAUCGCAAAAGACUCCUCAUAAUUGUCUCUUUUGGAUUUUUUGCCCAAUGGUCAGGCAAUGGCUUGGUAUCAUACUAUUUGAACCUCAUCAUGGAUAGCAUCGGGAUCAAAGACCCCAAUCAGCAAUUGCUGAUUAACGGCGCCUUGACUUCUUAUAGCCUCGCUACAAACCUCUUCUUCAGCUUCUUUGUCGACAAAUGGGGCCGGAGACCAAUCAUGCUCAUCAGUUCGGCGGGAAUGAUGGUUGCUUUUGUGGUAUGGACAGUCCUAUCAGCAAAGUAUUCUGACCAUGCGAGUCCAUCACUUGGAUCUGGAGUUCUGGGGAUGAUUUUCAUUUACUACCUAUUCUACAAUCUAAAGUCCGGUUUGAUCGCAAGUUAUACCACAGAGAUUCUUCCAUACUCUAUGCGUGCCAAAGGAUAUACCAUCAUGGAGUUUGCCAUGUAUAUUGCGCUAUUCUUUAACCAGUAUGUUAAUCCCAUCGCGCUUGAGAAUAUAAAAUGGCGUUACUACAUAUUCUACUGCUGUUUCUUGGCGGUGGAAGUGAUGGUCAUCUAUUUCUUCUACGUGGAGACGCGCUAUAUGCCUCUUGAAGAGAUAACAAAAGUUUUUGAUGGAGACGACAUUGCGACAGCUACAAAUCUCGAGAUGGAAAAGAUCGGAGAGAAUGGAAAAGGGAUGAGCACCUCAAUUCAUAUCGAGGACGCAAGUGCUUGA